UUAAAUUCAAACGUCACUAUUCGUAAAUGUCAAAAGUUUUGUCUAUGUUCUUUUCCUGCUAAAAUAUAUCCUAGAGAGUAACAGAAAUGGGUCGUUAUUCUCGGGAACCUGAUAAUCCAGCCAAGUCAUGCAAGGCGCGUGGCUCCAACCUCCGUGUUCACUUCAAGAACACAUAUGAGACAGCAAUGGCAAUAAGAAAGCUUCCCCUACGCCGUGCUGUCCGCUACCUUAAGAAUGUUGUAGACAAGAAAGAAUGCAUUCCCUUCCGUCGCUUCAAUGGUGGUGUUGGUCGUUGCGCACAGGCCAAGCAGUUUGGCACAACACAAGGUCGCUGGCCAAAGAAAUCUGCAGAAUUCUUAUUGCAGCUCCUUAGGAAUGCGGAAUCCAACGCUGAUUACAAAGGCUUAGAUGUUGACAGGCUGGUUAUUGAUCAUAUUCAGGUGAAUAGGGCACCUUGCUUACGUAGGCGUACGUAUCGAGCUCACGGUCGUAUCAAUCCGUACAUGUCUUCGCCGUGUCACAUCGAGGUGUGUCUGAGUGAGCGCGAGGAUGCUGUAGCUCGUGCUGCGCCCACCGAUGAUGCGCCAGCUAAGAAGAAACUCUCCAAAAAGAAGCUCGCCCGCCAGAAGGAGAAGAUGAUGAGAGAGUAGAAUAAGCGGUCAAAUAAAUGAUUUUACAACUACAA